GAUUUAGGGAGUCUCUGAAAAAUGGGAAGUCGGAUGAAGGAAGACGAGAAAAAUGAGAAGAUCAUUCGUGGUCUCCUGAAACUUUCUGCGAAUAGGAGGUGUAUGAAUUGUAACAGUCGGGGGCCUCAAUAUGUGUGCACUAAUUUCUGGACAUUUAUCUGCACAACCUGCAGUGGGAUACAUCGGGAGUUUACACACCGUGUAAAAUCAGUAUCGAUGGCUAAAUUUACUUCACAAGAAGUAAGUGCUCUUCAAGGAGGGGGAAAUGAGCGUGCUAGGGAAAUUUACUUCAAAGAAUGGGACCCACAGCGUCAUUUUCAACCAGAUAGCAGUAAUGUUGAGAGACUCAGGGACUUCAUUAGGCAUGUUUAUGUGGAUAGAAGAUAUACCGGUGAGAGGAGUAUUGAGAAGCCUCCUAGGGUGAAAAUGGGUGAUAGGGAGGAUCCUCAUGAAAACAAAAGGUUCGAUACAUAUCGUGGCGGUUCUCGUAGUCCAUCUUAUGAGGAUGCAUAUGUACGUCGAUAUGGUGAAAGAUACGGUUCUGGUAAUAGAAGUGAUGACAGAAAUUACAGAUGUAGUUAUGAUGAAAGGCGAAGUCCUGGAUAUGAUCAACAAAGUCAAAGACAUGGUGACUACAGGAGAACUACCGCUCGCUUUGAAGUGGUCGAUGAUAGGUUUCGGGAUGAUAGAUUUCCAAAUGGCAGGAGAUCUGAAGGCCACAGGUCUUCUGAUGGAGAGUCCAGGCUGGAGGGGAAGUCGCCAAACCGUCAAAAAGACCUGGAUGUGUCCAGUCUUCCUAUGGUUCGUUCUGUUAGAGAUAUCUUGGGGGAGGAUGUUCCGCCUCUUCAGGUUGGUGAACUUCUGAAAGAGAAUGGUAAGAAGGUUGUGGAUAUUUCAGCACGUACUACACAGAGAACUGCAUCUUCCAGUAGCUUGGGAUCCCUUGAUGAAAAUUCGGUGGAACUCAAAAGGGCAAAUUCUGGAAGCUUGAUUGACUUCAAUGCUGAUCCUGAACCUCCUAUGGCUGCAGCUGCACCACAAGCACAAUCAACACCACCACCUACAAGUCAGUCAGUUCCACAUCCAGCAAUGAGUUCAUCGACUGAUAGCAACAGUUGGGCUUCUUUUGACUUUGCUUCACAAGAAAAGGUAUCUCAGGCUCAGCCAAAUAUGAACACACUGGAAUUUGUAUUGUCCCAAUUAUCAUCUCCAGUAGCUCCACCCGUCGGCAAUAUUUCAACAUUGCCUGUUAGUAUUGGAGUGGCAACUAUACCUGUUGGUAAUGUGUCAACAUUACCAUCUAGUGCUGGUCCCACAGCUGCUCCUUUAGGCAUCUCAACAUCACAAGUUGGUGGUGCUCCUGCAGUUGCAAUAUUGGGCAACAUGUCAACGUUUCCUGUUCGUGGCAGUGCUCCAACAGCUGCACAUGGAGGCAUGAUGUCAAGUAGUAGUGAUUCCUUUACCAAGGAUACUGAUGGGGGGCAGUGGCCAACCGGGCAGCAGCAUCAUCAGCAUUCUCUAUUUACUACCUCAGAUAGUCAAUCUACCGCACAGCAGGCCACUCCAUCAGUUAGUGGAGCUCCAAGUGAUCAUCUCACUCCAGUUAUUGGAGCUCCAAAUAACCAACUCACUCCUUCAGUUAGCGGAACUCCAACUAAUCAGCCAUGGGGUUAUUCACUUGCACCAAAUGUGCCGGGAACUUCAAGUACUCCAACUACUCAAUCAUCUCAAACAAAACCGGUCCAAGGUGCCAGUUCUGGAGUUGCAUCACAACCUGCCCCUGUGGAAGCAAAAUCUAGUGGAAGAAAUGCUCUCUCAGAGGACCUCUUCACCUCAGCCUAUUCAUUAGUUCCUGCAGUUCCAGGUUGGCAAACUGGUCCACCCCGGGGGAUGGAAUUUGGCAUGCAAUAUCCUACUGCAGCGCCAAUGUCUGCCUUUCCCCAUUCAGUACAAUCAAACAACCCGUUUGAUCUCAACACUGAACCAAGUUUAGUUCAGGCCCCAACGUUUCCUUCCAUGGCAUCACUGCAAGGAGCACUACCAAACAUGGCAAGACCAACGGGCUUAUUGCGUAGUUCCAGCCUUGAUACCCCGUCAUCAAGGUGGAUGCAUCCACAAUCCCCAUCUUAUGCAUCAGCCCUGCAUCCCCAGUCGCCAUCUUAUGCAUCAGCAAUGCCUCCAAGUGCAUACAUGGGGCAACAGGCAUCCAGUAAUAUGCAUCCCUUUGGACACCAAGGAUCUGGGCGUUUUGGCAACGAUGGAGCUGCUUUUGGGAGCUUGAAUAGAGAUCAGCAACUACCUGGCAGAUACUCACAACCUGCUACGCCAAGUUCUUUUUCUUCCCUCGGAGGAAACCCAUUUGGAUAGAUAGAAGUACAAAGGCUUUUGAUGACAUUUUCUGAUCAGCAUCUUCUUGUUACAACUACAGCCUCGUAACAUCAUGGGGAAAAGUUUGAUUCUGUUCUGAUUGAAGAUCACCUGAAAUGAUGAGAAUGAGAGUCAUCUUCAUACAUCUUUGCCCUUUUAAGGUGUAACUUGUAGUACGAAAAAAGAGCAGAGACAAAAAAGGAUAAGACUGUCUGGAGAGGGGCAGUGAUGGAUGGCAUUUCCAUGGGAGUACACAUUUCU